AUGGCUCUCAGUAGACUGGAAGUGGCAUGUAAAUCUUGUGAAAAACCAUUUUGUUCAUUAUGUAUUCAACUAUGGCUUAAUGCAAAAUCAAAUAAUAGUUGUCCAUUUGGUUGCCCAAAAUUUCAACAACGAAAAUGUCCACCAUCGAUUGCAGUCAUCCUAUCAAAAUUAACCGUUGAUUGUUAUUAUAAACAAAAUGGUUGCUCAGCUGUUAUACCUUAUGAUACAUUAGGAAAACAUGAAGAACAAUGUGAGUACGAACAACAACAAUGUUCAGGAUGUAAAGAAAAGAUAGUGAAAAAGAAUUUUGAUCAACAUCUAGAAGAAUGUGAAAAGUUAGAACUUGAAUGUGAACAAUGUUCAGUACAAUACAAACGACAAGAAUUUCAAGAGCAUACAGAUGUUGAAUGUUUACGUAAUGAAUUUAAUCGUAAAAUAGAAGAAAAUCAAAUGUUAUUGAACUUAUUGCAAAAAGAAAAUCAUCGAUUAAAAAUUCAACAGAAGAAAAUGAAUGAAAAAUUUCAAGAUUUCGAAGACGAAAUUGAAAAACUGAAAGAAUCAAUGAUAAGUAUCGAUACAGAGGAACUUGAAAAACAACCAGAAAAUAUCGUUCCACUGGGCUGGAACUCGAUCACACAACCACAAGUUUUUGAUUAUUUUCAAGAGAGACCAUUUCAAGACGUACAAAUAGGGAGAGGAAGAGGAAGAGGAAGAGGAAGAGGUAGAGGUAGAGACAAUGUUUAUUUAGAGACAUCAACCGAUCACAUGAGAGGACGAGGUAGACGUCGCGAUUAUGAUCCAAGAAGAUCAAUUGAUCAAUCUCAACUCUCUGAUACAGAGGAAGUUUCAGAUGGUACCCAUCCAUUUGAGAAAGACCGCCAAGCCCUAUCGUGUUCAAUUAAUCAACGAUUAUUACGUUAG